AAGAAUUGCUACCCACACCCAAGUGAGGGCAGCAGUACAUGUAGGAUAGAAUCAACCCUCAUUUCUGAUUCAACUGCAAAAGCAGUUAGCACUACUGGCGCACAGUCGGACCCGCCUCCAAACGGUAACGACUAUCCGAUUCGGGUCACUAUUUUCAAUCCACACUCCCAAAAUCUGGUAAGAAACCUUUGGCUGAACGGGUCGGAUCCGCGUGCACAGGGAUCCGGAUAUGGACGCGAGUCGGGUUGGGAGGAGCUCCGGAAAGAAGCUCGAAAGAUCGAGGGCGAUCUCGAUGUUAGGCUGUCUUCUUAUGCGAAGCUCGGCUCUCGCUUCACACAAGGAGGUCAUGUGGAUGCUAGUUCACCGACUUUCGGGUCGAGCAGGUCAUGGAAGUCUAUGGAAAUGGAGAUUGAAUCAUUGCUUGAGAAGUUACUCGAUGUAAAUGAUUCAAUGAGUCGAUGUGCUGCAUCUGCUUCAGCAACUACUUCAGUUACUCAAAAGCUUGCGAGACACCGGGACAUACUGCAUGAGUUUACCCAGGAAUUCAAGCGUAUCAAGGGAAAUAUAAACUCGAUGAGGGAACAUGCAGAACUCCUGAGUUCCGUAAGAGAUGAUAUAAGUGAGUACAAGGCCUCUGGAAGCGUCUCUCCUCGAGUGCAAGUACUAAGGGAGAGAGCUGCAAUACAUGGAAGCAUAUCUCAUAUUGAUGAUGUGAUUAGUCAAGCUCAAGCAACUAGAGCAGCCCUGGGCUCCCAAAGGGCCUUGUUUGGAGAUGUUCAAGGAAAAGUGAAGCAGCUCGGUGACAAGUUUCCUGUCAUUCGUGGCCUACUUGGUUCCAUUAAAAGAAAAAGAUCAAGAGACACUCUCAUCCUUUCUGCCGUGAUUGCUGCUUGUACGCUUUUCCUUAUCAUAUAUUGGCUUUCUAAAUGAACAUUCUAAUUUGUCUUAAAAUUAAGUGAGGGACAAGAGGCAAUUUAAAUGAUUUUUCCAUGCAUGGUUAUUAGUAAAUGGAAUUUGAUUAAAGUUAUGGUUCCUUAUUCAUCGGAUUCUCAUUUUCUCAUCACUUACUCGUCUUACUUCAUAUGGAGAAGCAAUAUGCAUUUAUGGCACUUCACUGCAGAAAUUCAAUGGAGUUACUAGAUGACACAGAUUAAACUUUGUCAUUGUAUUUGGAUUCACGGUUCCCUGGCUAAGGAAAACUUACUGGCCUUAGUUCUCUUGCAAAUGUGACAGUGAUGAGAAAUAUAACCCUAGGUGCAAAACGAUCCAAAUUCCAAAAACCACAACUUGUGGUUGCUCUGAACUUCGAAAUAAUUUGGAAUUUGAGCGGGUAGUUUGAAAACCAAAUUGCCAAC